UUAAUAGCAGCGCAGUGACGUCUUGUGUUGGAGUUCCGAGCGUUUGAGCGUCUGUGGGGCUGACAGUGUGCGAGCGAGGGGUUUGAAUCAGUUCUCAGAAGAAGCCGAGGCUCCUCCCCCCGGUUAUUGUGAGGCGAGUGGCAGUCAGUGCGGAUGUUCCUGACUGUCAGCGGCGGAGCAUUUGCCAUUCAGCACCACGGUCAGCGCAACAGUCACAAGGGGGAUUUCAGCACCGCGGAGAGCGGCAUCGCUUCCCGACAUUUCCCAAUCACUGCCGCUCGGUCUGUUUCGUGUGAUUUCAGAUUUGACUCCGGAUCCAGCACCGCGGGACUAGGUGUGGGAUUUGCCAGGACUGAGACAAAGCAAAUUAGAGUUGUCGGCAGCUGCGACUGAGCGACCAAAGGCAGACAAUAGCCGAGCAAUAAGUGCUUUCCCAUAGAAAGUAUCGGAGGGGAGAGAGGAAAUAAGCUGCAUACAAAGUAUCACAAUCCAUUCUGAGACGGGAGGAGGAGGAAGAGGAGGGUGUCUGCUUCUUAGCAAGCCUUGUGUUUGACCGAGCUGCUCCCUUCUGUGUAAGUCCUGCAGAAAACAUGGCAACCGAGAUGCACAACCUGCAAGAGAUGAGGAGGAGUGCCUCUCUGGCCACAAAAGUCUUUAUCCAACGGGAUUACAGUGAUGGGACCAUGUGUCAGUUCCAGACCAAGUUCCCAGCAGAACUUGAGAGCCGGAUUGAAAAGCAGCUGUUUGAAGACACAGUGAAAACUCUGAAUAUGUAUUACAUAGAAGCAGAGAAGAUUGGGGGCAGCUCAUACCUGGAGGGCUGUUUGGCAUGUGUCACGGCCUACUUUAUAUUCUUCUGCAUGGAAACACACUAUGAAAAGGUGCUAAAGAAGAUCUCUAAAUACAUCCAAGAACAGAAUGAGAAGAUUUAUGCCCCCAGGGGACUUCUAAUUACAGAUCCUGUGGAGCGGGGGAUGCGAGUUAUUGAGAUCUCAGUGUAUGAGGACCGGUGCAGCAGUGGUAGUAGCAGCAGUGGCAGUUCCAGCAGCACAAGCAGUGGUGGCGGUGGAGGGGCGGCCAGUCGUGCCCGAUGACUGGCAGAGAGUCCCUGUGGGGACCUGUACUGCCGAGAUGACGGCCUUUCGGAAAUACGAAGACUCAGAUAUCAGAGUACUAGGUUUUAACGCAAGGCUAAAUUACUUCUUUUUUUUUUUUUUUUUUUACUGAAAUGGACAUAAAUAUUUAUUUUCUGAGAACAUUAAGCCUGAAAGAAAAUGGACCCAGAAAUCAGUGUUCAGAAUUAUUAAGCAAUGGGAACACAUAAAGGAACUCUACCGAAUGAUAUGACUUCUGUGAUGAUAUCCUAUUUCAUUUGUGUCUAUAAGAUUAACCAAAAGGAACGUUAUUCGUCUAUAACGAGGUGCAGUUCCACACUCUUCCAGAUCUCACGUUCAAGAACACAAAUGUCACAGUACUGUAUCUUUAGAAAUAUCCACAUAUCCGAUUUCCUCAACACUGGAAAUCUGUUGACUUUCUUUGUGGUCUAUUUAUCGGAGACAAAAUAUUGUAUAUUGUACGGUAUAACGUUUUAUGAUAGAUCCACUAUCCAGAAACCCUUUUAUGCAGAAAGCUCCAAGGUACAGUAAUGCCAUUCCGCAUGGUGUAAUAUGUAAAGGGAUCUAUAGAGAAAAAUAUAUCUUAUCACUUGGGAAAAAUGCAUUUUUUGACUCCUUUAUACGUCUUCUAGCGCUAGUCACUGCCUAUUCACGGAUAUUAAUUAUAUAUAUAUAUAUAUAUAUAUAUAUAUAUAUAUAUAUAUAUAUAUAUAUAUAUAUAAUUAUAUAAAGUUCCAAAGGACCCGCACUCCAGUUUCCGUGAAAAUAUUUUGAUUUUAUUCAUACUCGUGCAUCCGUUUCGGCCCUCAUUUGGAUCUGCAUCUGUAUAUAUAUAUAUAUAUAUAUAUAUAUAUAUAUAUAUAUAUAUAUUUUUUAUGACCUC